AUGAUCCCGAAAAACGUCUACGAGCUCUGCCAGGACGGCCGGUCGGUAAGUUCCGAAUUGGCCAAGAACCCGAACUUGUCUCCUCGCGAGGCGGCGAAGAAGCUCUACGGCGUCGGCGCCGACGACGAAAUCGUUACCAAGAAGCUUAAGCUAGGGGAAGAAAAGCCGGGUGAUCUGCAGGAGGCUCGAGAAUGUGGGAAUUGGGGAUCGUCGAAUCCGAGUGAUUUGUUCUUGAGGAUUUAUCAUGAUGUCUUGUGUACGCUGGAGAAGAAUCCCCUGGCGGGCGUCUGCUCGCCUUCCCUCAUGGGGUCGAACGGAGUGUGCCCGCUUACCAUUAUGGCCAUGGUUCCUGAUAUCUGUCGGCACAUGUCAAAUAUAAUAGCCAGGGCGGAGCACGAAGUAUUCCUGGCGACCAACUACUGGAUGCAUUCAGAACCAACCAGGCUGAUUACCAAUGGAUUACGAGAACUAUCGAAAAAGGCAGUCUUGAACAACCGCAGAGUGGUCGUCAAGAUCAUCUAUGACCGCGGCAGUGCGAAGCAGCAGGUCUUUAACAAUCACCUGGCAGUCAAACCCGAAGAGUUUGCCGACCCCGACGGCAAAAUCAGGAUUCCGCAUCCCGACGAACUCCCCAACGUCGACAUCGAAGUCGUCAACUUUCAUCGACCCGUUUUCGGCACCUUUCAUGCCAAGUACAUGGUUGUCGAUCGCCGUAUAGCGAUUGUGCAGAGCAACAAUAUCCAAGACAUUGACAAUAUGGAAAUGAUGACGCAGUUCGAAGGGCCGAUCGUCGACUCUUUCUACGAGGUCGCUCUCAUAUCCUGGCACAAUGCUCUCAAGCCGCCAUUACCGCUGCUAGACCGACCGGCGGCUAGUUGUCCGGAGCCAACUUUCGAGGCGGAGAGUCAUGCCACGAUGUUCGACGAGCACGGCAAGUUGAGGACGGUCUAUCAUGCCACAACCUCUGUUCCUGACGGGGCCGACAGCUUGAGCAAGAUAGCCGAGGAAGGUGCACAGAUAGACCUACCUCAGCAUACCUCUCAGGAUCCGCAUUACGACCCGGACCUCAAAUCGGAGGUCCUGCGCGCCGUAGCAGCCCUGAACCCGCGUAGAGGCGAAACGCGCGUCAAUGCAAUCACUCGCCUCCUCAAUACCACCAUCCAACCGCACACCAAGGGUAGUGCGCCGGAGAUCGAACCAGCGGAUACGAUGACCCCGCUGAUCCCCAUCCCUCGACACGAUCCCUUUCCCAUCGCCAUGGUCUGCCGGCAAGCCUGGGGCCCGCCGAACAAGCACAGCCUGCACACGCCGCAAAACGCCGCCUUCACGUCGGCCCUCCGGCACGCCACGCGAUCCGUGUUCAUCCAGACUCCGGACCUGAACGCCGAGGCGCUCCUGCCCGAGAUUGUGAACGCAUGCAAACGCGGCGUCAAGGUCACGUACUACUACUGUCUAGGCUACAACGACGCCGGCGAGCUUUUACCCAUGCAAGGCGGCCACAACGAGAUGAUCGCGCACAACCUCUACCGCGACAUUGGACCGGACCACCGGCUCAACCUCGAGGUGUACGCCUACGUGGCCAAGGACCAAACCCGACCGAUCCACAACAAAUUCAAGCAACGGUCCUGUCACAUCAAGCUCAUGAUUGUCGACGACCACAUCGGCAUCCAGGGGAACGGGAACCAAGACACCCAGUCGUGGUACCACAGCCAGGAAGUCAACGUCAUGAUUGAUAGUCCGCUGGUCGUGGGGAGGUGGAUCGAGGGGAUCAAGCAGAAUCAGAACACGCACCUGUACGGCAAGGUCGAGGGUCAGGGGGACGACGCUGGGUGUUGGAAGGAUCCCGAGACGGGGGAGCAGGCGGAGGGCGCCAUCGGCGUGGAUCCAGGACGCUUUGCUUGGGCAAAGGGUGUUAUCGGCGCCGUUCAGAGGGUGAGAGGGGUGGGUGGAUUCUGA